AUUUGUUAUGCAAUUGUAUUAUUGAAUUGAAUGCCAUUUAUUGGUGUUAUUAUUAUUACAGUCAAUAAGUUUAUGUUUAUAAACAAUAAUUGGAUCAAUUGGUCCGAUAUUAUUAUAUAAUCACAUUAUUAAGUAAUUAAUUGGUUUAUCAUUUGUUGAUUGUAUUGUACACAACAUGAGUGACGACAGCGAACUCAAGAGUGAAGACAACAAUAAUAAGAUUGUUUUCAAGAAAAAGACGCGACGUUUUGCACAACGAAAACGCGAUGUCAAUGAAGACAAUGAUGAAGAUGUCCAACAAGAAGCAGAUAAUAAUAGUGACGAAUGGAAAAUAUUGAGUGAAUUGAAACGGACUCAGAUGUCGAGGAAGAGAUGUAAUAAAGGUAUUGAUAUCAUUGAAUUGACACAAAAUCCUAAUAUCAGUAAAUCAAAAAAUGAAACACAAAGUGGUGUAACUGGAGGUCUAUCCGAUGCUAAGACAUUAACCAAUGAAUUAGAUUUGGGAAAUACUUUCUCAGUUGAGACUAAUCGUAGAGAUGAAGACACAGAUCUCAUGAAAUAUAUUGAUGAAGAACUCUCCCGACGAAAGGGAGUCAAUAAAUCUGAUUCAUCGACAGUUGAUAAGAAAACAAUGACCGCAACCACUAAUGAUAUCAAUACAUUGUUUGAUGUCUUACCCGAUCAUCUCAUUAAAAAUACGAGCAAAAAGAGUGAAGAAAUGCUUUCAAAUCAAAUGCUUAACGGAAUUCCAGAGAUUGAGUUGGGUUUGGAUGAGAAGAUUCGCAACAUUGAGGCCACCGAAGAGGCAAAAAUACAGUUAUUAAAUAACAGACGAAACAAAAACAAUGCCAAUUCAUCUUCAUUUGUUCCCAACAAUAUUGCCGUCUGUUUUGCUCAGCAUAAUAGGUAUAAUAUUAGAGAGGAUAUUCCUCGCCUAACAAAUGCUCCCAAAAGGCCACGAAUUGACACACAGCCGACCAAUCAAUAUGUUGAGGAACCAGUUGUGGUGAUCGGUGACGAACCCAAACAAGUGAUGCGACAGACGAGGAAUUGGGAUCACAAUUCUAAUAAAUUUUAUGGCAAAGACAAGGCCACCGAUGACUAUAUAUUUGAAAAAUUUAGAAAACAAUUUCGAAAAUAUUAGUCGAAAUUAUUUGAUGUCUUUAUUAUAAUUCAACAUUUAGUAAAAAAUUUUAGAAACAAUAACUUUAUUUACACUAAACUACAUUAUAAUUGCAUUUUGUAUAUAAUAUUAAUUAAAUCU